AUGGAAAUAAUUAAAAAACUUAUAAAUGAAAUAUAAUAAUCCUAAUCAAAAGGAUAGGAGUUAGUUAUUGAUCAUUUUCUAGUUGGUUAUUUAAUUGGAAGAGGUGAAAUUAAUUCAAUUGAAGAUGUUAAAAACUUAAUUCAGCAACUUACAGAAAUCAAUAAAUAAAUGGAUGAAGGUAAGAUUUCAUCUUUUUCAAGAGAUUACUUUAUUAACCAAAAAUUAAUGUUACUAGAAAUAUUUUCUUAAGAUCCUUCAUUAUUAGUUUAAUAAUAAAAGGAAGAAAUCAAUGAUCAAAUCAUUCAAGAUGAUUAUUAAUAAAAUACUCAUAAAUAUGAUGAUUAAUUGAAAAAGGAAUAAAAUAAAUAAUAAAUUACAUAAACUCUAUCAUAAAAUUAAAAUUUAGAAUAAAAAGAUGAAAUAAAAGAUAAGAAUAAGGAACAUUUAAAGUAAUCUAUAAAAUAAUAUAAUAAUUACAUUUAAAAGGUUGUCUAGAAUUCAAAACAUAAUUAAAAGUAGAAUUGA